CAGUACGCCCCCGCUUGAAAACAGCUACACUCAUAUUCUUCUGUUUGAAUCAGGCAUUAUGCCAGACCCUUCGGAAUCGAGGGCUCAUACGACGGUACAGUAUUCCGUGAGCAGAGGUGUAACGGUAGUCAAGAUUGGAGGGGCGGCACUGACGAAUAAGUCGACGUUCGAAACGAUUAACACAGUUGUAUUUACUGAGGUGGUCUCACAGAUAGUGCAAGUAUGGGGUCAACAGCGUGGAAAGCUGAUUGUAGUCCAUGGUGCAGGAUCCUUUGGCCACUUCCAGGCCAAGAAAUAUGGCGUACAAACAGGUACCUCGAGAUGGGAUGAGAAGAAGCAACGGAAUGAGAAUAGUAUACAAUCAAACACAGAUACGACAACAAGUGAUUUAGCAGAACUCAGUAUGGGGUUCUGUCUUACAAGGCAGUCGGUGACCAGGUUAUGUACUUUAUUUGUUGAUGCGUUGAUUGUCGCGGGUAUACCUGCCGUAUCUGUGCCGGUGUUGCCCAUGGUAUUUACCUGUGAUCGAGAGCCUGUCUCGUCUCGGGACAGUAUGCAGUGUGUGAAUAUGCUGCUGGCAAGAGGUAUGCUUCCGAUCAUGCAUGGAGACGCUGUGCUAGAUACAGCCCAGUUCUGUUCCAUUCUCAGUGGAGAUACAAUACUACGCGAAUUAAGUGUAAACAAGAGCUACAAUGUGAGCUCAGUAGUGUUUAUGACCAACGUCUUGGGCAUAUACGAUCGCCCUCCUCAUCGUUUGGACAAAACAAACACACCGCCAGUUAUCCAAGUAUCUGAUAUGCACUCGAUGUCCAUACAUGAAGGAAGUAGCUCUGAUACUACAAGCGGCGAAACUAUAUUUGAUAGAAAUAGUAUGACAUUUACACAUGGUGAUCAAUCAGAUCAUAUAGGCGGGAGCCCUCGAUUAUUGAGACAUGUUACUGUUUCCAAAUUAGGCAGUAAGGUAACAAUCUGGAACGGGCACCACCUUCAACGCAAGUGUUCCACCCCACGAAUUGCACUAACUGAUACAGACCAGAACCUCACGAACAUUGUACUAGGCGCUUCAAGGGAUACAGACGUGACGGGAGGUAUGAACACGAAGAUCGCGGAGGCCAGGGCGAUUGCAGAUGCCGGCGUGCCUGUUAUUAUAGUUGAAGCAGGUACUCAACAUUCCCUGCAGGCGCUGAGAGAUGGUGUGGCGAUUGUUCGGAGAAUAGAAGAGACUGGAGGUGAUGUGGGUGAAUGGAGGGGCACGGUUGUGUCUAGUACGGAUAUGAAUGUGGAUUGCAUUACGGAUGGGAAUUGAAGCUGUGCUACGCAGGGCUACAAAUUAUAACUGGUUCUUAUAAAUUCAGAUGACCGUGCUCUUCUGUACGCUACCUAUGGUGAAUGACUUUAUUAGUCAUGGCGAGGGCAUGUGAGGUUCGCAACCAGGAUAGUCUGUUGUUUAUCUGCGCGAAUGCCAAGCGGGCGAUAUGCAAAGUAUGUGUCUGUUACACUCAGGUGGGUAGUCAAAUAUAAGUGGCGAUUUUCAAGAUCUAGCAAGAUGAAUUUACACCAAAAACCCGAGCUACACAUAUGUACUUAAUGAAUUCCGGAAAUAUUGCUCUACGUACGGGAUAUAAAAGUGGUUGAGCUGCAGAACUUGUACUUGUCAUAUUCUCUGGGCUCAAUAUGCCGUAUAAAGCACAAUCUGUCGUUCCUAAGUGCGAGUCU